AUGAGAUACAUACAUACAGGAAAGACACAGUAUCACUGUGAUAUCUAUGGAAUAUCAUUCUCUCGGAGAAGUGACCUAACUACUCAUAAGUACAUUCAUACAGGUAAAUUCUUCUCUCAGACAAGUCAAUUAACUAUACACAACACAUGUAUUCAUACUGGAGAGCGGCCCCAUCGCUAUGAUAUCUGUGGUAAACCGUUUGCUGCCACACGUUACUUAGCUAAAUACGUACAUAUUCAUACCAGAGAUAGGCCAUAUCAUUGUGAUAUCUGUGGCAUCUCGUUCUCUCAAACAGGUCAUUUAACUACUCACAAAAGUAUUCAUACGGGAGAAAAGCCAUAUCUCUGUGAUAUCUGUAGUAAAUCCUUCACUAAGACAAGUCACUUAACUAUUCACAGAUAUAUUUUGUUAUUUGAGAUAACUUUGAAGUUAUAUAUUUUUGAAAUGCAACCAAACGAAAUAGAUCCAUACAUAUGCAAAAGGAAUGAUAAAACAUAA